GGUCUUGCUACCAGCCUUGGGGAGACUGAGGCGAUACCCAGACCUUUAAAGUACUCCUAAGAAUGUAAACAGAGGUGCUUUCCAGGACAGGACCCAGGUACCUCCCAACAUGGGCACCAAAGCCCGUCUUGUCUGAAGUCAUCUGCCUUAUACCUGGCCCAGUACUUGAGGAGCAGAGGCAGGAAAGGCAGGAGCUGAGGGCCAUCCUUGACUACACAGUGAGCUGGAAGCCAGCCCAGGCUACAUGAGACCCUGCCAUCAAACAAACAAAAAUAACCGUACAAAACCUCCCUCAGGUACCUGGCCCUGGCCUCGAUGGGCACGGCAGUCUUCCCAGCUUGGAGGAGAAGCUGGAGUCCAUAGUUAUCCACCUCCCUGCAGUCGGCCCUAGCUCCAGCCUAGCUGGGCCGUCAGGCUGGGCCCACACUCUCGGCAGAAGUGAGAUUUUCUGCAUCUGCCCCCCCACACCCCCCUUUUUUUCCUGCCUGGCUGUCAUCGCAGCCACUGUGGGCCAGACAGCUGAAGUUUUAAGACGUCCAGUUGGUAAGGAAGCCUCGGGGCCUGGGGCCCAGAAGAGGGAGGAGAGUGCCUUCCCUGACCUCUGACCCACCUAUCCCAGCCAGCUCCUGGGAACUGAGGCUGCUAUCCAGUCAUCCUUCAGCUGUGGAGGAACAGAUCCUGGGGCAGAGUCCAGGGCAGCUGAAGGCGCCUCCACACACGCCUGCUGAACCCUGAGCGCCCUGAGCUGCCGGCAUGGGGCGGGCUGAGGCCGCCGCCAUGAUCCCAGGCCUGGUCCUUCUCUGGGCAGCGGGGCUGGGGGAUGCUGCCCCUAACCUUCCACGCCUUCGGCUCUCCUUUCAAGAGUUACAGGCCCGGCAUGGUGUCCGAACUUUCAGGCUGGAGCGGACCUGCUGUUAUGAAGCCUUGCUGGUGGAUGAGGAGCGUGGACGCCUGUUUGUGGGUGCCGAGAACCAUGUGGCUUCCCUCAGCCUGGAUAACAUCAGCAAGCGAGCCAAGAAGCUGGCCUGGCCGGCCCCCGUGGAAUGGCGAGAAGAGUGUAACUGGGCAGGGAAGGACAUUGGUACGGAGUGCAUGAACUUCGUGAAGCUGGUACACGUCUAUAACCACACACACUUGCUGGCCUGUGGCACAGGGGCCUUCCACCCAACCUGUGCAUUUGUGGAGGUGGGCCACCGCCUGGAGGAACCCAUGCUCAGACUGGACCUGAAGAAGCUUGAAGACGGCAAGGGAAAGAGUCCUUACGACCCGAGGCAUCGGGCUGCCUCCGUGCUGGUGGGGGAAGAACUGUACUCAGGGGUGGCAGCAGACCUCAUGGGCCGAGACUUUACCAUCUUUCGCAGCCUGGGCCAGAAUCCUAGUCUCCGAACAGAACCCCAUGAUUCCCGCUGGCUCAAUGAACCCAAGUUUGUCAAGGUCUUUUGGAUCCCAGAGAGCGAGAACCCCGACGAUGAUAAAAUCUAUUUCUUCUUCCGUGAGUCGGCAGUGGAGGCAGCACCAGCAACGGGGCGCAUGACUGUGUCCCGGGUUGGCCAGAUCUGCAGGAAUGACCUAGGUGGCCAGCGCAGCUUGGUCAACAAAUGGACCACAUUUCUGAAGGCGCGCCUUGUAUGCUCAGUACCUGGAGUCGAGGGUGACACCCAUUUUGACCAACUUCGUGAGUGUCUCGAGGGAUGGCACCAGGGGAGGAGUCAAGGGGGUGCAGAAUCCAGGAGCCUGGGGUGUGUGUGUACUGCCCCGCCAACCUUUCCUUUCCCUGCAGAGGACGUGUUUCUUCUGUCUUCCCGGGACCGCCAAACGCCGCUUCUCUAUGCGGUCUUCUCCACCUCCAGUGGCAUCUUCCAGGGCUCUGCCGUGUGCGUGUACAGCAUGAAUGAUGUGCGCCGAGUCUUCUUGGGACCCUUCGCUCACAAGGAGGGGCCUACGCAUCAGUGGGUGUCCUACCAGGGUCGCGUCCCCUACCCACGGCCCGGCAUGUGCCCCAGCAAGACCUUUGGCACCUUCAGUUCCACCAAGGACUUCCCAGAUGAUGUUAUCCAGUUUGCUCGGAACCACCCCCUCAUGUACAACUCAGUCCUGCCCAUGGGGGGGCGCCCUCUCUUCCUCCAAGUGGGAGCUGGGUACACCUUCACCCAAAUCGCUGCAGACCGUGUAGCAGCUGCUGACGGACACUACGAUGUUCUCUUCAUUGGUACAGAUGUGGGCACAGUGCUGAAAGUGAUCUCAGUCCCCAAGGGCAGCCGACCUCACUCUGAGGGACUUCUCCUGGAAGAGCUGCAGGUGUUCGAGGACUCUGCCACCAUCACCAGCAUGCAGAUCUCCUCUAAAAGGCAUCAGCUCUACGUAGCAUCACCGAGUGGCGUGGCCCAGAUUGCCUUGCAUCGCUGCACGGCCCUAGGCCGCGCCUGCGCAGAAUGCUGCCUGGCCCGCGAUCCUUACUGUGCUUGGGAUGGAUCAGCCUGCACACGCUUCCAGCCUACUGCCAAGAGGCGGUUCCGGAGGCAAGACAUAAGGAACGGUGACCCCAGCACCCUGUGCUCUGGGGACUCCUCUCACCCUGCGCUGCUGGAGCGGAAGGUCUUAGGUGUGGAGAGUGGCAGCGCCUUUCUGGAGUGUGAGCCACGCUCGCUACAAGCGCAUGUGGAGUGGACCUUCCAUCGUGCAGGGGAGGUGGCUCACACCCAGGUGCUGGCAGAGGAGCGGGUUGAGCGUACAGCGCGGGGGCUGUUGCUGCGUGGUCUGCGGCGCCAGGACUCUGGCGUGUAUCUGUGCGUGGCGGUUGAACAAGGAUUUUCGCAGCCACUGCGGCGCCUGGUGCUGCACGUGCUGAGUGCGGUCCAGGCCGAACGACUGGCACGGGCUGAGGAAGCAGCAGCCCCUGCACCACCGGGCCCUAAACUCUGGUACCGAGACUUUCUGCAGCUGGUGGAGCCAGGCGGCGGUGGAGGGGCAAACUCCCUGCGCAUGUGCCGCCCGCAGCCCGGGCCCCACUCUGUGGCCGCAGAAUCACGUCGUAAGGGUCGCAACAGGCGAAUGCAUGCCUCUGAGCUGCGUGCUGAGCGUGGGCCACGGAGCGCAGCACACUGGUGACUGGGCUGUCCCCACACUGGGGACCAGGCUGGACAUGACAUUCAGAAGAGGGGGCAGGCAGACGCCAGGAAGACUGAGGCACACUGAGGUCCUUGGGGCCAGUAGGACACCUAACUCAUAUAUAGGCCCAGGCCAAAGGGUAACGAGCCAGCUUAUUUAUUAACAAGAUAACCCGCGAAUGUAGCCUCAGAAGAGCGGCCCAGGCUCCAUUCAGGAUCUAGCCUGGAGGGAGGGGACAGAGACGGGGCUCCAGAGUAGAGCAGGGCCAGAGAACUGUCUUGGGUGCCUGCCCUGGGGGAAGCAUUCUUUCUUGGGCAGGGAGCAGAAAGCUGUGAAACAGAUUAGGUUGUUGGGUUCCGGGUGAGGCAGGCCAACUGUACUAAAGUAAUGCAAUAAACACAUUAUCAGCUGACGUCGGAAUGGCCCCAGCAGAUAA